GGGCGCGGUUGCGCACGGAACUCUUUUGGUUUUGCGCGCGGUUACACUCGGAGUGCUAUAAAUGACGGGCACUUCCGGCGUCCUUUCCGGUCCGGCCAUGUCGCGGCCGCGGGGCGCGGAGGCCGCACCGGAGGCGCCGCCGGUGCCGGGACCCGGCCCGGGCUCGCCGCGGCCGCUGUUCGGGGGCUGCUGGAGCUGCCGCCUGCUGAGCGGCGCGGGGCUGCUCAUGGCCGCCGUCUGGGUGUACCAGGGGCCGCGCAACACCAUGAAAAGGGGGAUCGCGCCCUCCAUGGGCGCCAUCGCCCAGAUCACCUUCGCUGCCGGUCUGGCCGGCUGGGGCAUCGUCAUCCUCGCUGACCCCGUGGGACGCUGGCAGCGCCAGGACCCCAAAAACCCCUGAGGGGAGCCCAAAAACGGCACCGGGACCCCAAAAAUGGAACUGAGGACCCCAAAACCAACGAGGGGACCCCAAUAAAGGCACCGGGACCCCCAGACUGGUCUGGGGACCCCAGAAAUACCUGGGGGACCCCAAUAACGGCACUGGGACCCCCAGACUGCUCUGGUGGGGGGCACAGGACAGGA